AUGAGUUCAAAUUUGGUUGUAAGUUUGAUUGUUAAUGAAGUACGUGGGAAACCCCAAACUCGUCCAAUUGAUGUUGUGCGUCAAUUUACAGAUCAAUACGGGCUCACCAUUAUGUACAAUCACGUUUGGUUGGGAGUUGAGAAAGGUAGGACUACUACUUUUGGAGAUUUCUCUAUGUCUUAUGAUGAGAUUCGAUGGUAUAUGGAUAUUGUGAUGAGCACAAAUCCUGGUAGUUAUUUGUGUCUUGACUAUAACCAUCAAAAUGGACGGUUCAAGAGGUUUUUUGUUGCAUUUAAUGUUUUCAAUCAAGGGUUUAGGCAUUGUCGUUCUCUAUUGUUUAUCGAUGGAACUUUUUUGAAGAGGAAAUAUAAGGGCACCUUGUUAACAGCUACAGCGAAGGAUGGGGAUCAAGGUGGAUAUUACUAUAGUUUAUUCAAAAGUUUUUUCCCUCUUGCAAUGGCAAUUGUCGAUACGGAGACUACAGACAGUUGGGAAUGGUUUUUUAUGCAUUUGUCAAAUAUAUUGUUGGAUGAAAGACCAAUUACCUUCAUAUCUGAUCGGAACACUGGACUUUUGGAGGCUUUACCCAAGGUUUUACUUAUUGCUUACCACUAUUUUUGUCUCCAACACUUGAAGGCUAAUUUGAGGGAUAGGUUCUCUAGUCCAAGUUUCAGCAAUACUUUCAGGAGUAGAAUAGUUUUUUCGUUUUCUUCAUGUGCUUAUGCUCCGACAAUGGGAUGA